ACCGCGGGAUCGACUUCCUAAAUCGUUUUAGGGGGACGCGCCUGCGCCAGCGCGGCGAGGUGGCGACGCCAGCAGUUCCAGAGCGCCGUCCGGUCGCACGAGAACGGCCGUUUGUUGAUGCAGCGCAGGUAGCCAUUUCAUCACAACAAUGCGCCGGCGACCGCGGCCGGCCGUGCACCGUUAACGUUUUCAAAACAACGUUCGAUUGUUACAAUUUGAAAAAUCCACCACAAAAAGACCAAACAGGCCGCUCGAUUCAUAAACAUUCCUUAGCACUAUCGAGUGCUGUCGUGUCUCGGCUUUCGUUUGUGAAGAUAAGUAAAGAAAAUGAAAAUGUAGUGAGUUCUGUGUUGAGCAUUCAUGAUAACGUUUCGGAUUAUCACACCAUGCUGUUUUAUCAAUUAACAUGUACUGUAGCCUUCGCAGUAUCACUGACAAUAGGAGUUCGGGUGUCGAUUCACGCUAAUCCUACGUCAGACAUGUCAGGGGAUGAGCUUGUGACACCGAAAAGCAACAAAACAGUGGAUACAUCGGCGGCAGAUGAAAGUGGUCACGAAGAAAUCGACAUUGAAGAAAUAAAAGACAAAAAGUUUCUAGACGAUGCCAUGAGAUCAGUACUAGACCCAAACACUAUGAUAAUUAGUAACGAUGAUGUACAAAAUUUUAAAUCUCAGUUAAAUGAGAUAGAUAGCGAGAAUAUGACUUUAGAUAGUUUUAUGGAAAACAUGGACAAGCUAAGUUUAGAAGUAUGUAAAACUUCCCAGGAUGCCUUGUGGGACUACGUCACAAAUAUUAAUGACGAAGUAAAGAAAAAUAAAAUGGUUCGAGUGGCAGCAGAAGAAGAUGAAAUAAAGAAAAAAUAUUGGAAUAUAAUAAAAACAAAAUAUUUACAAGAAAUACCGAAUUUAAACGAUUCUAAAAUCAAUAGAAAGAUUCGCAUAAUCAAAGAAAGGGGGACAAAUGUUCAAAUGCCUCAGAGUAAACAACGUGAAGAAAUAGAUACAAUGCAGCGUAUAUGGAGCAGAGUGUCCGUGUGUGCAUAUAAUGCAACGGUAUGCUCGGACGAUUCGUUACGAACUAUGAGCGAUAUCAUAUCCAUAUUCAAAACCAGUAACGAUUCCAAAGAACUAGCAUAUUACUGGAAAGCUUAUAGGGAUAGUACUGGCAGGAAAAUUCGCCCCAUAUUCAAGGAUUAUGUAAUGAGAAUGAAUCGAGUGGCUGAAUCGGAAAACUUUACUGACGCUGGAGACAUGUGGCGAUAUGCCUUCGAAGACGAACAUUUUGUAGAAAAUGUCGACAAAAUGUGGAAUGAAAUUAAACCCUUGUAUGAUCUGUUACACGACUAUGUCAAGGCAAAGCUGAAGAAGAUUUACAAGGUAGAUUUACAGUGCAAUGAUGGCCUUAUCCCAGCGCAUAUUCUAGGUAACUUAUGGGCUCAAGAGUGGCAAGCCAUCUAUCCCCUAGUAGCCGCAUACCCAGAAGUGGUCAGGCCGAAAGUGCAAAAUAACGAGACCCUUCAUUCUAAAGACUUGUUCGAUGCGGUGGACCAAUUCCACCAGUCCCUCGGGUUUGAAAGCGCCAUUGAGUCCUAUCGUGGAAUCACUGAUACAAUGGCUACAGCUAACUGCUUGCCUUCGAGCCAUGACAUGUGUGAUGGAGCUAAUUACAGGAUAAAAUGGUGCGGAGAGAAAAUCACAGAUGUGGCGGUGGGGUUGUCCCGGGCCGCAAGGCUGCUAGGACACGUCCAGUACUUCAAGCACUAUCGCCACCUGCCUCCUUUGUAUCGAGAUGGCCCUAAUCCAGCAUUCCACGACGCAAUCUCAGACAUCGUAGCUGUCCAGCUGACUUCGCCAAGCCACUUGAAGACCCUGAGUUUCGUAAAAGUGGAAGCCAGCCCUGAAGUGACUAUGAACCACCUGCUCUGGGUGGCUUUAGAGAAACUACCCUUGAUGGCAUAUGCAUACGUGUUGGAUAAGUGGCGGUGGGAUGUCUUUGGCAACAGCAGCGUUCAAAAUUGGAACCAGCAUUGGUGGGAUCUUAGGAUUAAAGAAACAGGUGUGGCGCCGCCCGUCACGCGCAACGAGAGUGACCUGGAUCCUGCAGCCAAGUAUCAUGUGGUGUCGCAUGUGCAAUACGUUACUUACCUGGUGUCUCAUGUCCUGGAGUUCCAACUUCUGCGGGCCUUGUGUAGGAGCACGAACCACUCUGGACCUCUGCACGAAUGCUCCAUCUACGGACAGAAGGAAGCGGGAAAAUUGCUCAGUACUGGAAUGUCACUUGGAGCAAGUCAGGAUUGGCGUACUGUACUCAAAGCGAUGACAGGUGAAACAGAAUUAUCUACAAAAGGGUUCCUAGAAUUCUUUUCAACGUUACAAGACUUUUUAAAAGAAGAAAAUAUCAAACUGGCCAAAGUUACAGAGGACGACGAUAUGGAUCAAAGCGCUCCGAUUAUAGUUGGAGUGGUAGUGUUAUGUCUGACCCUUUUCAUUGUAUUAAUGUAUUGCAUUAAGAAGCAUAGUGGUACUAAUGUCCUAUCUAUGUGUGGACUAAGCAAAAACGGAUCUUUAGAUAUAGUAACGAAUGAAACGCCUCAAGGUAAGACGAAUGAAAUAGAAGGGAUUGUUGAAGACAAAGUCUGAUAAAUAUUUUCCAUUGCAAAAUUGAAAUACCAGCGAGUCUAGGAUCAUUAACGUGUAGAUUUCUCGAAGAUUGUGCCACUAUGUUGAAUUUAUUGUGUAGUUACUGCAAAAGUAUUGCGGUUAUCAUAAGAUAUUGUUUAUGUGUAAGUUAAAAUCAAAAAAGUUACUUGAGUGAUGUAUAAACGUUUUUUACUUAU